UGCAGAACAUUGCAGAACGUAUCGCCUCUCUAGAGCGCCUCUUUUUCCGUGGCAACGAGGUGAACGGGAAUUCUCUGUAUUAACACAUCGCCAUGACUAACUCGAAGGGUUAUAGACGUGGCACGAGGGACUUGUUUUCUCGCAAGUUCCGCAAGCAUGGAACUAUCCCUCUGUCCACAUAUAUGAAGACAUACAAGGUCGGUGAUAUCGUGGACAUUAAGGGAAAUGGCGCUGUGCAGAAAGGCAUGCCGUACAAAGUUUAUCACGGCAAGACGGGGCGUGUAUUCAACGUGACUGCGCACGCCUUAGGAGUGAUUGUAAACAAGAGGGUGCGUGGACGCAUCAUUGCCAAAAGGAUCAACGUGCGCAUCGAGCACCUGAGUCACUCCAAGUGCAGGGACGACUUCCUUAAGCGUGUUAAGGAGAACGAGAGGCUCAGGAAGGAGGCGAAGCAGUCAGGCGUUCGCGCACAGUUGAAGAGACAGCCUGCCGAACCCUCAAAAGCUCACAUUGUGUCCGGGCGUGAAGCGCCCAUCUUGCUUGCACCUGUUCCAUACGAAUUUAUUGCUUAAGAAAAUUAAAUAAACUAAAAUUUUCAAAGUAAA